GACAUUCGUAUGCACGUCCGCGUGCAUCCUAUCGCGGAAGUAAGGGUCGACCUUGGUGUCUUGCCGGCUCUCCAACUCCUCUUGUCCCAACUUACGCCCAUAUAGUACUUGCAUCCAAGGAUUGAACGGUUGCUCCCGAUCAUACCUUAGUUGCCGCUUCUAUCGAUUUAGCUAUCGAACCUAUAAUCUCUACGAGUCGAUAGCUACCUGCUUGAGUGCUGUGCCGACGCAUCGCUAGCCCAUUGCGCCCGGCGCUCGACAGAAACAAGAAAUAAUAGCUGUGCUGGAGAAGGACUAACCGGCUUACAGCAAUUGCGACUGUGGCGAACCUCCGCAGCAUCCCGCACCCGCGACUCACCAACAUCGCCGCGCACCAUCGCUUCAACACAGCGCGCAACUUGAGCAUGGCAGCAGCAAGCGCGCCCAGCGUUAAGGGACCUGAAGGAGCCGGCUUACAGUUGCCACGGAGGCCUCUGGGCAACACGGGGCUUGAAGUCUCAAUUCUGGGUUUCGGAGCUUCUCCCCUCGGCGGCGUGUUUGGGCCCAUUGACGAGACCGAGGCGGUAGAAUGUGUGCACCAUGCCUUCCGUCGCGGCAUCAACUUUUUCGACACCUCGCCCUACUACGGGCUCACAAAGUCCGAAACGGUCCUGGGCCGCGCCCUCCGAGACCUGCCGCGCUCCGAAUUCAUUCUCUCCACCAAGGUGGGCCGCUACGGUCCCGGGACCGACCCACGGGACUUUGACUUCAGCGCGAAGCGCGUCACGGCCAGUGUGGCCGAGUCGUUGGAGCGGUUGCAAGUGUCGUACAUUGACAUCAUCCAGUGUCACGACAUUGAGUUCGGAGAUCUUGAUCAGGUGGUUUCGGAAACGCUUCCCGCGCUGCAACGGCUGCGGAGCCAGGGUCUGGUACGACACAUCGGCAUCACGGGACUGCCGCUGGGGGCGCUGCAGUACGUACUGGAUCGGGCGCCGCCAGGUUCCAUUGAUGUCGUCCUGUCGUACUGCCACUACUGCCUGAACGACACCAGCCUGCUGUCUAGCCUGCCCGCCUUGCGUGCGGCCGGGGUGGGCGUCAUCAACGCUUCCCCCCUCAGCAUGGGGCUGCUCACGAGCGCAGGACCGCCCGCAUGGCACCCCGCGCCGCCCGCGCUGCGGCAGGCGGCUGCGGAUGCGGCGGCGCAUGCAAGGGCGCGGGGGCAGGACAUCUCGCAGCUGGGGUUGCGGUUUGCCGUACGGCAACUCGAGGUGGCUACCACGCUGGUCGGCAUGUUCACGAAGCGCAUGGUGGACGAGAACAUCGACACGGCAAUUCGGGCCCUGGGCCGGCUGCCGGAGGCGGCGGCUUCGCCUUGUUCGUCUGCGUGUGCGGGCGCAGCUGAGGGAGGAGGUGCGGGUGCGGGUGCGGGAGCGGGGGCAGGAGCAGGAGCAGGGGAGGGAGGCAGCGCGAGAGGCAGCGGCGGUGGUGCUAUAGACCCGGAUGUGGUGUUGGGGGAGGUGCUGGAGAUGUUUGCGGCUGUGAAGGAUGUCACGUGGCCCUCUGGGCGAUGGCAGCUGUGAUGCUGUCAGCUGCAACAUGUUGCGGGGUGGAGCACAGCCGUCAGGGCGGCUGGGCAGAGGGGCAGGGGAGGGGCAGGGGAGGGGCAGGGGAUGACAAGGCAGGGGCAAGGGAGGAAGAGGUGAGAGAGGAAAGCAUGGCUGCAGGGUAAGAGAGGAGAGAGGGCAGGCAUGCAGGCUUACAGGAGGAAGACAGGCGAAACAUCUGCUCUUAGUGUGGACACGGUGUCUAUUAUGCUAUACGGUAAGGUGUCCAAGAGGUCGACCCGACCCGGUUUUGGUGGUUGUAAUGACUUGAGCUGAGAGCUGUGAACUCGGUAGCUAGAGGUGUGGCGUGCAUAGAUAGAUACACGCUUGAUUGGGCAAAUCAUGGACCCCGGUGGGACUCGGGCUCAGGGUUCAGGAUUUGCCUUUGUUACAAGCCUAUGAGC